UCAUCACUAAGCAUCUUUACUUGACUUCAGUGACUUGACACGGUUUCUUCCUGUAUUGGCUUCUCUCCUACUACUGCAUUGAUCUCCAGUUCUGACUCUUGUGCAUAUAUACACCAGUGCACUGUCCUAGUGAACUCCCCCCAAAAGUGAAUCAACUUUUCCAUCGGGAAGAACGCAGCUUCGAUUUGCAUCUAUCUUCUAUCCAAAGAGCAGCCAUGACGAUCGUGGAGAUGCAUGUGAACAUCGACUGCGACGGCUGCGAGGGCAAGGUGAGGAGAGCCCUGGAAAGGCUUGAAGGAGUGCACAGCGUGAGCAUAGACAGGAUGCACGGCAAGGUGACGGUGACGGGGUCGGUGAGCCAGAAGAAGGUGCUCCGGGCGGCGCGGCGCACGGGCAGGCUCGCCGUGCUCUGGCCGUCCGCCUACAACAACCCGGCGUACCACCAGGCCUACGCGCAGCCGCCGGCGGCCUACUACCAGUACCAGCACCACGCCAAGCCGCCCGCGCAGGCGCAGCACCACUACUACUACAGCAGCGUGCCGCGCGGCAGCAAGAACGUUAACGGCGGCGUCGCGGCGGUGGCCGGCAGUAAGCCGGCGGUGGCGCAGUACCCCCAGGCCAAGGCCAGCUCGUACAACUACCACGUGCACGGCUACUACGACUCCGAGCUCUACGGGAACUACCAUGAGCAGCCGGACGUCGUGCCGGCCGCCGUGAGGAACUACUUCAGCGAUGAGAACCCGAGCGCUUGCUCGAUCAUGUGAUCGCGUGAUCGCUAGGGUGUCUGAAUCUGAUUGAUCGCCGGCCUCUGAUGUAGUGCUGUGUCUGGGUGUGUGCUUCUUCUUGUAUGUUUAUUACAGAGUCUUUGCAAUACUGUAAAUUUGUUUGGAAUGUAUAGUAAUGUAAAUUUCAAAGGUCAUGCGGCAUUUUUUUUUUUU